ACAGCAGAGCACUGCAGCUGCAGGUUGGCAUCGUGACAGUAUAAGUAUGGUUGGAAGGAGAAGAGGUCGGGGUCACAAUGUCCCACAACAGACUCCACAGAGUCAAAGAGGAGGCCCUCGCAGGGCUUUAAAGGAGCCUGCCAUUUUUGCUAAAGUUACCGGCUGUGAAUCAGAGGUCCCACAUGACAAGCUGACUUUGGCCCAGGCCAGGAGGGGCACACCAGCUCACCGCCCAGUGCGAGUCUAUGCUGACGGGAUCUUUGAUCUUUUCCAUUCGGGACAUGCACGAGCUCUGAUGCAGGCCAAAAACCUGUUCCCUAACACACACCUGAUAGUAGGAGUCUGCAGUGAUGAACUCACUCACAAGUAUAAGGGCUACACUGUGAUGACAGAGGAUGAACGCUACGAAGCACUGAGACACUGCCGUUAUGUUGAUGAGGUAGUGCGAGAUGCUCCCUGGACCCUCAGUACAGAUUUCCUCCGGGGACAUAAGAUUGACUUUGUGGCUCAUGACGAUAUUCCUUACACCUCGGCUGGAUCAGAGGAUGUCUACAAACACAUCAAGGAAGCAGGAAUGUUUGUGGCCACUCAGAGGACGGAAGGCAUCUCUACAUCUGACCUGAUCACUCGUAUAGUCCGGGACUAUGACGUCUAUGUCCGACGCAACCUACAAAGAGGCUACACAGCCCGAGAGCUAAACGUUGGAUUCAUUAAUGACAAGAAAUACAGGCUCCAGAACCAGGUGGAUAAGAUGAAAGAGACAGUGCGGACAGUGGAGGAAAAAUCCAAGCACUUUGUUUACAGAGUGGAGGAGAAGAGUCAAGACCUCAUCCACAAGUGGGAGGAGAAGUCAAGAGAGCUCAUUGGCAACUUCCUGGAGCUCUUUGGUCCAGAUGGAGCAUGGCAUGCGAUUCAGGAGCGGAGUGGCCGUAUGCUCCAGGCCUUAUCGCCUUACUCAUCACCUCGAGGUUCCCCCAGCAGUAGUCCCACCAGAACACGCUCCCUGUCGCCCGAUUCCUCUUCCUCCCCCGUCUCUUCUUCCGCCCCAUCCUCCCCAUCAUCCUCCUCCUCCCCUUCAUCCCCCUCCUCCCACACCUCACGUCGGAAAAAAGCCCCUUCCUCCUCCCUCGAGGCAGCCUCCAGAUACAGUAGACAUGUACAGUGACCACAGAUAUUCACACAUAUUUUGGACACAUCAUUGUAUGACUUGAUGAGUUGUCCACUGAUCUUUGACUUAAUUGCUUUCAGACAGUCACAAAUAACGGGCACCUCAAUUCAUUAUUGUUGUUUCCAAGCACAUUUGAAAUUUUGCAUACCACUGUGAAACUGAUUACAGGGAUUAAAGCAAAAGAAACAAAAAAACAAAACAAAAAAAACUUUUCACUGACAUUUUUUUCAAGUCCUAUUCCCCAUUUGCAAUUUGUAAAACAUGUUAAAGGUUACGUUACUUGACGACUGCUUAACAAAUAACACAAUAUGUAAAAGUAUGAGAUUUCAGCACCACUCCACACAUGCCCAUUGCCGCUGUUCUCUAAUGCAGCCAUCAAAUUUAAAUACUCUAGACCAGUUGUGUUUUUGAACAGCUUUUCUAUUGCCAGUUUUCUUUUUUUUUUUCAUUUCAAUGCCAUUUUGCAAAGCUUGUCUGUUUUUACUCUUUCAAAUAAUCAACCAUCUACAUAAGUUUUCAGCACACACACAUUUACUUAUAUUAUAACACCAAACUGAAACAAAACAAUGUUAACAAUGUGAGCCUCUUAUCACGUAACAUAAAAAAAGAAAUCCUUGCUAUAUGUAAUCCAGAAGUCAGCUGUAGUGUAAUGAAACCAAAGUGACCACAGCUUUUUCUGGUAGGCCCGUCAUUCGGGAAGACCUUAGUUAGCAUCCUAGAGUCCUUAGCACACACCUGUCAACACCCAUGUCUAAUGCUGCAGCUAAUAAACAUAAUAAACGUCUUUCAGUAUGCAUCCCACAACUCCAAAAGUCAGUCUUUGACAGAUCUAUCAUUUAUCAACUGCAUACAGCUAGAAUGUGAUAAACCAAACAGAAAAG